AUGUCUUCACAGCCCGCCCAUAGCACCCUCCUCAUUCCAGGACCCAUCGAAUUCGACGAUGCCGUCCUGCAGUCCAUGUCGCAUUAUGCUGAGAGCCAUGUCGGGCCGGCCUUUGUCAAGACAUUCGGAGAGAGCUUGACACUGCUCCGAAAACUCUUCCAGACCACAGACCCGGCUUCGCAACCGUUUAUCAUCUCCGGGAGUGGGACACUUGGAUGGGACAUUGUCGCUAGCAAUCUGAUCGAGAAGGGCGAAGAUGCUUUGGUUCUUCACACUGGUUACUUUGGAGACUCAUUCGCUGCCGCGCUGGAAACAUAUGGAGCACACGCAACUCAAUUAAAGGCCCCGAUUGGCGAGCGCCCUUCGCUCGCCGAGAUCGAAGAGGCGCUGAAGCAAAAGAAAUAUAAGCUGGUCACAAUCACCCAUGUCGACACAUCCACCGGCGUGUUGAGUGACAUCAAAGCAGUCUCUGAACUAGUUCACCGAGUCAGCCCGGACACCCUAGUUAUCGUCGACGGUGUCUGCAGUGUUGGCUGCGAAGAGAUUGACUUCGAUGCCUGGGGUCUGGAUGUAGUGCUGACAGCCAGUCAGAAAGCCAUUGGAUGCCCCCCAGGCCUCAGUAUCCUCAUGGUCUCUGGGCGAGCCAUCAAUGUAUUCAAAACCCGCAAAACCCCUCCUGCUUCAUACUAUGCUUCCAUCGCCAACUGGCAGCCAAUCAUGCAAAACUACGAGGCCGGUAAGCCCUCUUACUUCGCUACCCCGCCAACCCAGCUGGUGCAUGCUCUCCACACUACCCUCACCAGCAUCACCGCACAGCCAAUGUCCGAGCGUUUUGCCAUCCACGCAAAGACAUCAGACAAGGUCAAGGCCGCCGUUGCCGAAUUGGGUCUGACCCAACUCGCCACCAAGCCCGAGAACCAGGCCCAUGCCAUGACGGCCAUUCGAUUGCCCGAAGGCAUUAAAGCGCCUGAUAUUUUGCCUGGACUUCUCAAGCGGGGCGUCGUCUUCGCAGGUGGUCUCCACAAGGAAAUCGCUCCUCUAUAUAUUCGAUUUGGUCACAUGGGCGUCAGCGCCACGGAUCCUAACCGCAAGGACAUUGAUAAUGCCAUUGCCGCGUUGCAAGAAUCGUAUGUUGAGGUUAAGAAGGCUAAGGGUCUGUAA